ACCAGAGACAUCGGCUCGGCUCUCACCAGGAUGUGCAUGAGGCACCGCAGCAUCGAGGCCAAACUCCGCCAGUUCUCCAUGGUGUUUCUGGACUGUCUGAUCAGCCCUCUACAGGAGCAGAUGGAGGAGUGGAAGAGAGUCGCCAACACUCUGGACAAAGAUCACGCCAAAGAGUACAAGAAAGCUCGUCAGGAGAUCAAGAAAAGAUCUUCAGACACUCUGAAGCUGCAGAAGAAAGCAAAGAAAGCUGAUGUAUUCGGCCGCGGAGACAUCCAACCACAGCUGGACAGCGCCAUGCAGGACGUCAACGAUAAGUAUCUGCUGCUGGAGGAGACGGAGAAGCAGGCGGUGAGGAAAGCCUUGGUGGAGGAGAGGAGUCGCUUCUGCUGCUUCGUCUCCAUGCUGCGGCCCGUCGUGGAGGAGGAGAUGUCCAUGUUGGGGGAGAUCACUCACCUGCAGACUCUGACCGACGACCUGAAGACUUUAACGAUGGAUCCACACAAGCUGCCGGCCUCCAGCGAGCAGGUGAUCGUGGACCUGAAAGGCUCCGAGUGCACCUGGUCCUACCAAACCCCGCCCUCGUCGCCAAGCACCACCGUAUCCAGGAAGUCUAGCAUGUGCAGCAGCCUGAACAGCGUGAACAGCAGUGACUCUCGCUCCAGCGGCUCUCACUGUCACUCUCCCACCUCUCACUUCCGUUACCGAGCCUCCUCUUCGUCGUCCUCGGCGAUGCCUCAGCAGACGCCGGCCCGCCUCUCCUCCGUCUCCUCCCACGACUCCGGCUUCAUCUCCCAGGAUGCAUUUCAGUCCAAAUCACCGUCACCCAUGCCUCCAGAAACCUCGCAGUCUGUCAAUGACGGGCCUUCCUCUUCUUCCUCCUCCUCUUCCUCACCUUCACACCAUGAGCCACAACAGUUGUCAAAUGGUUUCGACCAUCACGCUGCCCUCUGCCUGCACGGCGCGGUACUGCAGGCCCAGGACACCCACCUCCACCCUCCAUACUUCACCUACUCCUCCUCCUCCUCCUCCACCACCACCUCUCCCAUCUCCUCGCCCUCCUAUUCGUCUGUUUCUCCCAUGUGGCCGUGGUCUCGUUCAGGCUCCGGCCUGUCGGCAGACUUCCCGCCACUCUGCUCCUCGGGGCUUGGAACGGUCCCGUCGUCCAGAAUCCCGUCCUGGAAGGACUGGGCCAAACCGGGCCCGUAUGACCAGCCGAUGGUCAACACCCUGAAGAGGAACAAGGACAGGAGAGAGACUACAGAUCCCAGCAGCCACCACGGCAUCGAUGUCACUACACCAGGGGAGGAGCUGCACGGAGUCAAAGGAAGCCACUCCGUCACAUCACAUAAGGAGGACAGGGACGCCCAUGAGGAGCUGGCCCGAGCCCUGGCCCGAGGCCUCCAGCUGGACAUCCACGGCUCCAGCAGAGACUCGCUGCAGGGCUCCAGCGGCUACAGCAGCCAGACCAACACACCCUGCUGCUCAGAGGACACCAUCCCUUCACAAGUAUCAGACUGUGAUUACUACACUGUGGGAGUGGAUCAGGAGGGCGAGCAUCAGCAGUCAUCAGACUUCGAUAAAUCCUGCACCAUCCCCCGGAAUAGCGACAUCAGUCAGUCGUACCGCCGCAUGUUCCAGUCCAAACGCCCAGCCUCCACCGCCGGCCUGCCCUCCAACCCCUCUGCCAUUAUCACCCCUGGAACCGCCACCAUUAGACGGACACCGUCCUCCAAACCCAAUCUGCGGCGCCCAUCUGGAGGCCUUAAUUUGGGCCCCAUCCCCAUCAAGCCCCCAAUGAUCCCGGUCAAGACCCCCACAGUGCCUGAUCAUCCUGGUUUCCCCAGCAGGGCGGCGUCAGAAGAUGGCAACACGCCACGAACCCCACUGAGCCCCGCAACCACCCCUUUGUCACCAGGCAGCAGCGGGCCGCUGUCAUCCAAGUCCAGUCUCUGGGAGAGCCAGCACCAGGCCGAGGGGUCCGAUCCUCCCACCCCACCACCGCAGCCCGGUGGUCGGGUGUCAGAGUUUGAGCGCCGGCCUCUCCCAGAGCUUCUGGAGGAGACAGAAUAUGGCGAGGUGGAAGACUUUCUCGUGGCGAUCCGACGAGGCGUCAGGCUCAAGAGGGCGAUGACCAACGACCGAUCGGCACCAAUUAUUCACUGA